AUGAUACAGGUGACCGACCGUAGAUCUGUGAGAUGUAUAAUGAUGUUACAGGUGACCGACCGUAGAUCUGUGGGAUGUGUAAUGAUGAUACAGGUGACCGACCGUAGAUCUGUGGCCGACCGUAGAUCUGUGGGAUGUAUAAUGACGAUACAGGUGAACGACCGUAGAUCUGUGGGAUGUAUAAUGACGAUACAGGUGACCGACCGUAGAUCUGUGGGAUGUAUAAUGAUGUUACAGGUGAACGACCGUAGACCUGUGAACGACCGUAGAUUCUGUGGGAUGUAUAAUGAUGAUACAUGGGGCGACCGUAGAUCUGUAGGAUGUAUAAUGAUGUUACAGGUGAACGACCGUACAUCUGUGAACGACCGUAGAUCUGUGGGAUGUAUAAUGAUGAUACAGGGGGCCGACCGUCGAUCUGUGGGAUGUAUAAUGAUGAUACAGGGGGCCGACCGUAGAUCUGUGGGGUGUAUAAUGAUGAUACAGGGGGCCGACCUUAGAUCUGUGGGAUGUAUAAUGAUGAUACAGGGGGCCGGCCGUAGAUCUGCGGGAUGUUUAUAUGAUAAUACAGGUGAACGACCGUACAUCUGUGAGAUGUAUAAUGAUGUUACAGGUAACCGACCUUAG